CCGACGUAAAAAGUUUCUAUAUAGAGAGAGACAGACAAACAUCGUCAUAACAACGGGAAAAACAUUAAGCUCAUACAUCAUGGUUCAAACCAUGGCCUACAAACCAGAAUGUAUCUCGUAUUCUGCGUAUACAGAGGGAUUUCGAUUUCAUCCAACAGAUAGAGAAUUGAUGAAAUACCUUUUACAUUACGUAAUAGAUAAUCCGUUGCCUACAUUAGUUCCAAUUGAAGAAGAAGAUCUUUAUUUAAAAGAUCCAUGGGUAUUUUUUGAUGCUAGAAAAGAGAAGACGAUUUAUUGUUUUACGGAGUUGAAGAAAUUGAAGAAAGGAAACAUGAGAUUUGUUCGAACCGUUGGAGAUGGUUCAUGGAAAUCACAAGACAGAGGAAAAGCUAUAAUUAGUGAAAAAGGUUCGGUUUUGGGAUACAAAAGAAGUUUAAGGUAUCAAUUGAGAGGGUCCGAACACGAUGGACAAUGGCUUAUGAAGGAAUAUUCGUUAUCAGCGGAAGUCAAAAACCAAUUGCGUAAACAAUUACGUGAAAAUAACAAAGAAAAUUACGUACUUUGCCGAGUGAAAAGAAAGAAUGGGGAAUACAGAAAGAAUGAGGAAGACGGUCCAAUUGUACAAAAAGAGGCAAUUGAAACUGAAGAGCUCAAUGCUAUUAUUAGUGAUCCUCUUAAUGGCGUAUUAAAGCCAGUACCAACAUUGAAUCUCACUCUCUAAGCCUGUAGAUUCUAACCAUCUUAGAUAGCUUUUAUUAAUACUUUUUAGUCAAAAUGUCGUUUAUAAUGGAGAAACAUAAUUUAUAAUAAAGAUGCACCAUUAUUUAUUUUUUUGUAUGAACAUUCAAUGCAACUGAAACUGAAACACGUUUUGUACAUCAUUUAUACUAAUAUAUUCUUUCGAAAAGCAUAUA